GCAUGACCACAACACCCAGCAUAUAACGACAAGCACGAGCAUAGACGACACAAUAGACUACCCACCAUGCCAGUAAACUACGCAUCGACAUUGUUCGACGACCUGCCGUACACCAACCUCGCGAUCGGGGCAGCUGUCGGCGCAACCGCCUACGCCGUCAAGGUGUAUACCGGCGGACGGAAGUGCAUCUGGGAGCGCGACUGGGCAGGCAAGCUCAUCAUGAUCGCCGCGCCACCAGAACCAACAACAUGGGCGCUGAUCCACCACCUCCUCCACCUGCCAUCUCCCCCGCAGAUCCUCUACCUCCCUCCACUGCCCUCGCCGCUCCCGGACGACUUGUUGAUGAUGCUACAGAUCAUCAGGCUGUCUGCCUCGGAGAACCCCCUGGCCCAGCUCCACUGCGAAGCUCUGCCGCCCACGCCAACGGGCGUGCGAGAGUUUGUGCGCAAGUGGUCGACAGUGCAGUACGGCACGGCGGGCGAAGGCGGACGGCGGGUCGACGCCAUCGUUCUCGGAGGAGCGUGGGAGUGCCUGCCUCCUCCUGAACCGUACCGCCCGGGCCUGGACGAGAAAGACAAGGUCGAGGAGGACUGGACGCCGCAUCAGUUCCACUUCCACCUCAUCACGGCCCUCCUCCCCUCCCUCCUCCGCGCGCCGCCCGAGCGCAAUAUCCGAAUCAUCUCGCUCGUGUCCCCCGGCUGGUCGGCUGCGAUCCCGGGCCUCGAGGCACAGAUGGAGAACAAGAAGGUCGUGGGGCAGACCGGGCCGUUGGCAGAGGCCGCCAAGCGCGGACUCACGUCGUUCCUCCUCCAGACGCAGCUCCGCCUUAUCCUCGACACGUUGGCGUCCGCGACGUACAGCAAGAAGGAAAUCGUGCCGGAUCCAGACAAGCCCCUGGUAAAGGCGCGAGACACCGAGAUCCAGAGCAACAUCUUGGCACUCAACGUUAUCAUGCCUUGGGCAAGGAGCGAGGUCGUCAAGCCGGUGUGGGGCGAGGGAACGUUCCUGCGUUGGCUUCUUUGGACUCUCCUCUACCCUCUCGUCGUUCUCCUGACCCCCUCGCCCUCCAAGUCGAUCCAGCCCAUCCUGUAUGCCCUCUCUGCCCCUGUGAAGUUCCCUGGCGAUGAUCUGCCGCCGACCGCAGAUGAAGGGCGGAAGGACGCAGCUGUGCCAGUGCAGCCACCAGAUGGCAAGGACGCUGUCGACGAGAAGGUCAAGGCCAAGGCCAAGACCAAGGACUUGGACGAGAUCACUGACCCCCGGCGCAACGGCGUGCGCCAGGGCGAUGUGGUUCGGGAUUGCGGCAUCAUCGACAUCCCGCCAGUUCUUCACGACCGCCUCCUUGCUGCCGCCACCUAUGACAAGCUCGAGGCCGAGGUGGAGAAGGGCGUCAAGGCAGCCGAGCUCCGCGAGAAGGCGUUUGGCAAGACUAGCGCUGGAGCCAGCGAUGGUAGCACACCCAAGCCUGCUGACGAGCGCAAGGUGCAGUUCCAGUAACCUAGCGCGAUGAAUGGGUGUCAUAGAG